GUCCAAGGGCCACCCGAUCUCGUUGCGAGUGACGCGUUAAACGAAUGUCUAAGAAUGCCGCGUCAGUUAUACGUAUCACGGCUUACACUGUGGCGAAUCACGUAAAGAUGUUGGUCCACGUUUUCCGUUGCGUUCGCCGGCCAUCUUCUGUGCUCAUUCGCGCGCGCAGCGCCAGUCGUGCGGCGGCAUCUGUUGUGCGGGGCGAGCAGCGGCAGUGCAGAGCGAUCGUGUUUGCGCAUACGACACGUGUCACACAGCUGCGAGCCGAACAACAAUAAGACAUGGGAGCCUCGUAGCCCUGAAAAGGAAAGCCGCAGAGGAGAUAUAGCAGGUGUCGGCCUCGCAGGGAUAACUCCUGCCCUUCUGGGCAAGAAUUUCGAUGCUCGCUGCGCAGCAGGGCCUCCACUGCCGCGUCACAAUUCUACAGCGCACGCUCGCGCCGAUCUCGUUCCGUUCGCAUUUUUUUCCUAUUUGUAGUUGCACUUCGUCGUGGAAGCUGCGGGGCACGUUUAUUUAGGUAAAUAUUGAAGUACUGUGGCACUGAUUAACAGCGGUGUGGCGUUCUUUGGCCGAUACGUCCGUACAUCCGAGCGUACGGGACAAUGCAAUGAGUGGCAGGCAUCGCUCAUUCCGCUAGGCCCACUCACAGGAAGGAUACAAAACGAGAGCCCGGAUUUUCUCUUCUAUCGGAUGAUGACAUAUCGCUCCGGAAGUGGAUUCCAUUGACACUGCGGGAGAAUCCUGCGACUACAAGCCCCGUCCAGAUACUUUUUUAUCAUUACUCCUACGGUUACAUGACGUUAAUGCUGCAGUUGCUAUACAGCACCAGAGCUGUGCCACUUCCCGUCCACAAUCCGGAACGAGUUGUCUCAUACUUUUAAAUGUACUGCGGUGUGUUACUGGGCUGGCAGUGUAAACAAACGAGAAAGACGAAGACGCUCCUCCGACCCCCUAUGAAGGAAUAAAAGACAAGCAGUCAAGGAAUUAUCAUCGACAACUGGUGGACAGAAAACUCGGAAGCCCUCAUCGAGCAGCUUGACAGGACAGGGCAAGUGUUUCCUUCUUCUUGUGCCAUUUGCCACUGACUGAAACGUGACCCCCCGCCUAACACCGGUGCCGAGCCCAAUACCGUGCCGAACCCUGUGCUUACGUUCACGGUCUCUUAAUCGCGCUGAACUGAUUCGAAAGAGACUGCGUUCUUUUUGCUUAUCCACUACACGUACGCGUAUUAAGUGCGAAGUACCGUUCGAUGCUUCAGAACAUAUCUGGCCGUUAGCUACCAUUGCAGCGGCUGAGGCGUCGUGGCCUGUGCGUAGUGACUUCACCAGUGCUGAGCCUGCAUUGCAUAAACCAUGGGUGACCGUAGGCGCGACAGCCGAGGCAGGCCUCCAUCAUUCGAACCACGUCCUCUGCGCCAUCCGCCACCCGAUAUGCCGCCGUUCCACGAACCCAUGGGCAACAGACCAUCGCUGUUAGAGCCAACUCCUCACCACUCGAGGGGCCUUCUUGAUCGUCAGCGCCGCAGAGAGACCAGAGACGAAGGUCCCAAGGAGCACAGGAGGCGACCCCCUGAUUAUGACGAUCGGUACCCUGCUUCAGCUUCCGUACCACCGAUGCACGGCGACGGUCCUGAUGCGGGAUGCCGGCAGAGACGACAGAGGUCACCGGGGAAGGCGCUUUAUGAAAGAAGAUGAAGAGCUGCCAUCGGAGACGUACGACUACCACGGGCCAAGCGGUGGAGACCCACGGGGCCUGCCUCGACGACCGUCGGAGCCACCUCGCCGGCCGCAGAGCACCCCACGGUACGGUGGCGAUCGCGAUCGUUUCUUUGAAUCUACGGACCGAGGAAGGCACUCCUACAGCUAUUCAGAACAUCACGGGGGCGAUCGCGAGUGUUUCAACGAUUUUGGCGAUCGUGGGGAGCUAGAUCGGGAAUAUUACCGCGGCCGUGACGACCCGCGGCGUUUUGGCGACGGAAGGAAUCAUGAAUACCAACCUGACCACAUGCAACAUUGGCCAGAUGAUGACCAGGACUGGGGGCCGCCACCGCCUGGUCACCGUUACAGCGAAGAAAGAGGACGACCCGGUGGCAUGGGUCAGCGGCCUUUCAUACCGGAGUACUCCAGCGGCUUUGAUGAAGAACGACCGUCAUACAUGCCGUGCCAAGAAAGCAGACGCAGUAGUUGUUCAGUUCCGAAUCGGUAUCAAGACUGGGGUCCUGAAGGCUUACGUAAAGGACCACACAAUCUUGGACCUUCUGAGUGGGAAGAUGAAUAUGGGUCCUUGCCUUACCAUCCGGAACCACCAGACUUCGGAGGCAUGGAAAGGGCGCCAGUCCUAUCUGAAGAAUAUCCUGGUGGAAAUAUGCGUGAUGCUGACCUAAGAGGCUACGACGAAAGGCCUCCAAAGAGUUCCAGUCAUGGGUACUCCCGCCCCAGGCAAUUCCAAGAAGGUAGCAGAGAGAUGUUGGGUAUGCCGCCUUACGAGGACCGUCCCCACCAUUCUCCAGGUUCAGGACGACGCCCUUUCAGAGAGGGCUUCUCAGAAAUGCAACGCCCACCUAGACUUCCUUCAAACCAACAACCACCGUCUGGUCCUAUGGGCCAGGAGGAGAGCCAAACCUUUCAAGGCGUUAGUUCUCAUGAUAACGUUUUGAAUCUAGAUAACCCGGUGUUCAACGAGCUACCGAUGAUGCCAUCCAAAGAUACAUCGCAUCCCCCACUGCCAAAUCGUCCAAAAGGCAUGGAAGCGGAGCAAGCUACUGAAAGUUUACACAGGAACGUUCCCGCCAAUUCUGUGAAUCUAUGGCCCAACUUUCGCACGACGGGUCGCAGUGACCAGCCUGGCGCUUCGGGUUACAGAAGACCACCAUUAAGCCAAGAAAGGGCACUUGAUGUGCCGAAAAAGGUAUGGGCGGUAUUCCGGCCCACUCAGCUCCUCUUCUUCCUCCCCCACAACACCCUUUUCCAGCAAUUUCAGGGCGACCAUCCUCAAGCGUCGAUGUCUCGCAACAAUGUUCCCAGAUGCCAGUGGCCGCUUCACAGGGUGAGGGCCCACCGAGCGCUAGGGGACCGCCGGGACAGCGGCUGGUAAUUGUAGAUACGUGUAAAACUGAAAAAGCUGGGCCUCUUCCUGGUUCAACCGGAGAAGUGCGGCAGCUUUCAGCAGGUCCUCAACCAAGAAAGGGCAUUUCACAAAAGCUGGAUGUUCCGCCAAUGCAGCCUACUUCAGCGGACCAGUGCCAGUUGCGAACUCCAGUGGCUCCGACCGUAACCAGCACACCACAACUACCCUUAUCUAAAGACACUCCGCCAGUUACAGCCGAUCAAGACCGCCAGCCUCCUCCGGCUGCUCCAUGCAUAGGCAGCGUCUCACAAGCACCGCAACGUGGAUCCAUUCUGCCUGCUACAGCUGACCAACAACGGCAACAGGCAGUUCCUACAUGUGCAAGUGACAUCUCGCAAGUCCCACAAAACACAAACUACCCACCUGUUAAACAGGAACAGCGCCAGCGUCCUCCAUUAACUCCAUGCACAAGCAGCGUCUCACAGACAACCCAAAGUGCACAGAUACCAGGUGCUCAAGCUGGCCUAUUGAGGCAGCGUCCUACAGUUACCGCCAGUGCAACCAGCGUUUCAGAAACACUACAAAACGCACCUCAUACACCUGUUAAAACCGAACAGCAGCUACGGCCCACGGUAACUGCAUCUGUGAGUGGCGUUUCACAAAUAGCACCUGAACGUGCAAUACAGAAGUCCCCUUCAGUACCUGAAAGCAGAGAUGAUUCCCCUGCCACAUCGACAGCGUCACAUAGUCCUGCAGAAGAACGACAUAGUGGUAUCGAAGACCGCAAAGGACAGCGUCCCAUCAGCUUUCCGCUUCCGAAAGGCAAAUUGGAACAACUAGCAAGCCAAGUAUUGCGUCCAAAUCCUUCAGAAAAAGGACCACGAGCUCCUAACCAUCGGUUCAAAUCAAAGUCAAGUGAGCACCCAAAGCAGCAACGAGAAACACUUAUCGAGUUGUUCAGAUAAACAACAUCGUCUCGUACUUCCAGGAUCAUCCAACCCCACGCAGUCUAAGGGCCCUACUACUCUACCCUCAUCUCAGCAGCUUACCGCAAGCAUUUCUUCUACGGCCUCAGCCCAAAAACCAAUUCCGGCGCCCCCUUUGCCGCCUUCACAGCUCACAUCACAAACAUUCUUCCCGACCUCUCAGCUAGUGCAAGCACCCACUGUCAGCCCGACACCCGGUAGCUUCAGUGCGCCCGGAAUGACCGAAGUAUGCCCCCCAAUAACUACCACCUACCCGCAGCAGUUCUUCCCAAUGACUUACAUGCCUGUUUCCUUUGGCGCAAGAAGGCUACAUGACGGCCCCUCAACAAUUAUCAAAUGCAAGUCCUUCUGGCAGCUACGACUUUCAACAGCGGCAAGUCACUUCACUUGAGACAAAGCACCCUACUUCAGUAUCUUCCCCUAUCCUCAAAACAGCAGCAAAUCAGCUCUCUGCCAGCGUACCAGCAACAGUGCCAUCUACUCCAACUCCGAGCUACUUCACUACGCCUCAACGCCCAGUUGCAACGAAGGUUCAAGAACCUCCAGCUAGCCCCCUGCCCCUUCGCGGUCAAGCACACCCUAAUUCUGCCAGUCAGGGGCAGCUCCAACUUUCCUCAGCACAACCUACUUCCGCCAGUCAGGGGCAGCUCCAACUUCCUUCUGGUAAUCAGCAGAAAAUAGGCGAGAGAGGCAUGCCUCCACAGGGAGAACAGCCAGGGGACGACAAAGGUGGACAAACACCGGGGUGCGACCCAGUACAAAAUCGACCCGGAGGAGGUGACGGAAGCCAUACAAUUGACGCAGCAUGUAAAUCGGUUUCUAAGUUAUCCACCUCAAACAUUGAAAAGUACAGCUCAGAAGUUGAAAUGGUUCAUGCUAAUGAAGACGGCGGUACACGUGAGAAACAGGAUGCAAAAGUCAAUAGCGGAGGUACAGCGCAGCUGGCUAAGACGCAUGAUGUCGACCGAGGCGUGGCAAAAGAUGACGUCCCUCAAAAAGCUUCGCAUGGUAAGCAAGCCAUUCAGGGUAUAAAGCAGAAUGUUGACACAGAAAAACGGCGGCCAGAACCGACGAGUAAAGCAGAUGCCUCGUCAGCUGGUGAAACAAAGGUUCUUGAAGAUGAGGCCUACCCCAAAAAACCGGUGUGCUUCAUGAUGCGUGAAAUCGCAUUGAAAAGGCAAGAAGCUUCAAUGAAAGAACAGGAUACCGAACUUAAAGACGCAGAGAAGUCGCAAAGCCUGGAUCUUUUAGCAAAAAAACAGAAGGCUAAGGAGCCGAAGGCAGAGGGUUCACUAACAGAAGUCCAAGACAUGUUCUAUGGGCCGCGGCCACCAACUGUCGAAGAGAUCAGCGGAAAAAGUAAAAAUACGUUGACCCCAGAUAAGGCCAGUGACAUCAAAUUAAGUGCAGGGAAUAAAACUGCUUUAUACGACCAAGAAGUGUCAUCAUCUACUCCCGAGACCGCAGUCGCAGGGUCUUCCAAGCAGGGUAAUGACAGAGAGAUAGAUCCUAAUGGAAUGUCAGGAGCUUCUACUGAGAAGGCGGCUGAAGUUGAAUCCGUGCGUGGAGACGACGCAAAGUCCAUGGAAAAGAUCGAACCUGCGACGAGUAGGAGGCAUGACGACAGCUCGGACGAAAGGUCCGGACACUCGUCCGAGCGGAGUUCGAGGGCGAAAGACGACUCGUACCGACGACGUUCCUCCAAAAGGCGCCGCACUUACAGCAGUUCUGACGGCAAGUACGAAGACGACGACUCUGACGUGGAGAACAACAACGACGGCGUGUGCCUGUCCGGGCGCGGUAACGAAGGUCAGGUCUUCGGCAUACCGGUCGUCUUCAAGGCCAUAAGCACGACCCGCACCUUCUGGAACAUUCGCGGAAGUCAGGUGGCACGCGAGCUAGAAGAGAUCGUCGGUGACAACGUCGUCAACCAGAAGAUCAACCGCGCGGGCUUUCUCUGCGUCAACGUGGCCACGGCAGCGGACGCUGUCAAGCUCCUCAAUCUGAGGAGACUCGGCGGGGCCGAAGUGGAGUCGGUCAUUCCCAGCAUGUACCUGCGACACGAAGCCAAGAUUCGGGGCGUCCCUUACCACUACACCAACGAAAAGCUGGCCGAGCUCUUCGCAGACGUGGGCGUGCUAAGCGCGAGGCGGCAGCUUACAGUCAAGCGAAUGCACGACGGCACGUAUGAGGAGUUCCCGCGCAGCAGCGUCGUACUCACGUUCAAACCGGACGCCACGCUGCCCAAGUCGCUGGAGCUGGACAACGAAAAGUUCAUCGUGGAGGAAUACAUCGAAGCGCCGCUGCAGUGCUUCAAGUGCCUACGGUUCGGCCACACUUCGCGUGCCUGCGUGUCAGUGAGUCGGUGCAAGAACUGCGGCGCCCGCUACUGCGACGAGGAAUGUGAGCGAAGUACUCCCAUGUGCGCCAAUUGCUUCGGGCCUCACCAGGCCACGUACGUGGGCUGCCCCAGACGAAGAGAGGUCGCUUUUGCCAGCUUGUGGAAGAGGACCUUCGAUAUAAACGCUCUUUGAACCGCUUCUAGUUGGACCUCAUUUUAGAAAACGACCUCCCACCAUACGGAUCUCAAUUGUGAAAGCCCGGUCAUCUCGCAAAUUUUGACGCGGUUCCGGAAGUUGUUUGGACCCCUCAUAAACUCUUUCUUUUAUUUUAACAAAAGUGUGCCUGUGGGUCCAGUCAUUCAACAUGUCAUAAUGAUAUCAUUUAGGAAGUCUAGUUAUGUGCCCCUUCAGCAAGAAUGAACUGGUUGUUAGCAAGCACUUUCGUCUCACGCGAUCGCGUAACUCAUGUUAGCAUGCGAACCACCGUGACAAGAAGCCUGUUGUCGAUGUGUGAUUUCCAGCACUGGGCUAAAGCAGUGUUCUGCGCCAGGAAAUUUCUUUUUUUUUUCGAGUUGUUUUAGUUUCAUAACACUAUACAUUUUUUUCAGUCUACUAUACUAGCACUUGAACCUGAUCGAGAAAUAAAGGUUUACUUUGUUUUGUCUGAA